GCAAAACAGAAAGACGAAAAGACGGAAAGAGUGAAAAAUGCUGUAUGCUAAGCAUAUUUCUCCUUUAUUUAAUAAUAUUUUGUGAACAAGUGAUCAGUGGCAAUAAGCAUUCAGUGUCAACUUUACUGUGCUACGGCAUCGUAGCAUGAAAUUGUCCGCCUAUUUGAUAAGAUCGUUUUUAACCAUCAUUCCGAUCAGUUGAGAAAGUGCAAAAGUGAUUGAAAAUAAUGGAAAAUUCCAAUGGAUCUGCAGUAAAAUCUUUGGAGAAUGGGAAUUUAUCAAAUGGAGAGGUUAAGACUUUAGAGACCAGCAAUGAAAAGAGGAAACGUACAAUUUCAUUGAUUAUCAUUUACUUCACAUUGUUUUUACAAUCACUAGGAUUAGCUAUAGCAAUGACAGGUGUCUGGCCCUUUCUCGACAAACUCGACCCGCAUGCCGGAAAACCUUUCUUCAGUCUCAUACUUGCAGCCAAUCCACUUGGACAAUUCAUUCUAUCGCCAAUUCUCGGGUAUUGGACAAAUAAAGUGCCAUCAAUAAGAAUUCCAAUCAUUACGUCUCUUGUGAUGUUCUGCGUAUCAAGUGGAUUGUAUUCGUCACUAGAUUUGAUUGAAAGUGGGGUUAAAUUUUGGAUGCUUGUCGUGAGAUUUUUUAUGGGUGCAGCUUCAGCUAAUGUUGCUGUUUGUAGAAGCUACAUUGCAGCUGCAACCAAACUUGAUGAAAGAACUUUUGCUCUAUCAAUGGCUUCACUUGCACAAGUUUCAGGAUUUAUUGUGGGCCCACUUUUACAAGCUGCAUUCACACUUCUUGGUGACGGAAUAAAAAUAUUCAAAUUUUUUCCUCUAAGCAUGUAUACAGCACCAGGAUGGGUAAACGUCAUCCUUGGGGCAUUAAAUAUCGUAAUCUUCUUACCGCAAUUCUUUCAAGAUCACAAUAUUGCAGUUCGCGAACAGAUGCUAAUUCAAGGAAAGGAAAAUGCAAAAGAAACAUGGAAAUCAACUAAAAUUGAUUACCUCGUCGCAUGGUCGUUGAUUUUCUCAUACUUUAUUGUCGCCUUCAAUCUCGUUAUUCUCGAAUCACUUGGAACUCCAUUAACGAUGGAACAAUUUGCAUUUACAAAGAAAGAAACUCUCAAAUGGAAUGGAAUUUUAGUUGGUGUCGGAGCUUUAAUAUCAUGCAUUAUUUUCUGCCUUCUUCCUCGCUUGUGUCGUAUAUUUAGAGAAAUUGACAUAUUGAUCUGGGGCGGACUUCUGAUUAUGACUGUUGGUAAAUUCGUAUACAUUCCUUUCCGAACUGAAUUGCCACAAUUGUCGAUUGAACAGAAUUUCACGAUGGAAAAUGGAACAGUUUUUGUGAAUUCAACAUUAGGUUGCCCUGUAGUUGAGCAGCCUUGGUGUGAAUGGACUCCAAGACUUGGUAUACCUGAGUUUGUUGUUGGAUAUUUCAUGGGAGUUAUCGGGUAUCCAGUCGGAGUCACAUUAAUUCAAACAUUGUUUUCAAAAAUUCUUGGGUCCAGACCUCAAGGAACUUGGAUGGGAAUCAUGCUGGCAGCGGGGUCAAUGUCUCGCAUUAUUGGUCCUGUGAUCAUUGUUGGUGGAUACACUAAAUUUGGAACUAUUUGGACAUUCUCCGUUACAACUAUUGUUAUGAUUAUUCCAAUAGUUUUGCUAUAUAUGUUGCGCAACAGAGUAGUUGGAAAUGGCAGUCAGAAAAUUGAAAACCCAAAUAAUAUAAACAUGACUGAUGUAAGCACACAGCAACCCAAAGGUUAAAAUUGUAAUAAUAGUACUGAUAUUGUUAGUAAUUUGUAAUGUUAUGAAUUUUCAUUAUUUUCUAAAAUAAUUUUAAUAUAAAUACUGAAAAUUUUCUAAUCCCGUCCAAUUAAUUCAUGAGAACUUUAUAAAACAAUUGUGAUCCAUGGCUUUUUCAAAUUUCAUUCGAAUAAAGUUGAUUGAUUGCUUAGAAUUAUCUCAUUUCAAUUGAUUUUUUUUUAUUCUUUUCAUUUCAUAAUUUGUAGUGGAAAAAUAAAGAUCAUC